AUGGACUUGAACGAAUACUCCCAUAAAAACCUGAACCACAACCAAGCUAAAUUCAUAUACGAAAACGAAAAGAACUAUUACUACGUCGUGAAGAGCUUCUCCGACAGAAAUGUGCGCGCAGCACUCGAGCACAACGUUUGGGCGACUACACCUAAAAACGAGGGUACAUUUGACGAGGCGUUCAAGAAGUGCGAGAAUGUCGUGCUCUUCUUUUCCAUCAAUGGGAGCUCACGUUUCAUCGGCUACGCCCUGAUGCGAUCGAGGCCAGGGAACUGCAGUGUACAGAAUAACGUUUUCUGCCUACCCAACGGAAGGCAGUUCAACGGCAAGCAAUUCGAUCUCCUUUGGAUUAGGGUGGUGGAAUUGCCAUUCUCGGACUGUGUUCAUCUUAAGAACAGCUUCGACGACGGCAGGCCGGUGAAGGUCGCGCGCGACGGACAAAGGAUUGAUCAAUCUACUGGAAAGGAACUGUGUAUACUCUUCGAGAACAGGUUCUUGCAGAAACCCAUACCGUGGCAACCGGAAAUGUACGGAAGCCAAUAUGGUGCGUACGUGAUCAACCCUCAAGGAUAUCAAUGCGUGGGAGUAGCCCCAGGUGCACAGACCAUACCCCCGUUGUCUGGAUUUCCGGUUAUACCAAUAUCUCACGCCCCAGUUGAUUUGCAGCACAUUGGCGUUGUGGCGCCUUACUACCAGGUGCCCCCCGUGUCGUCACCUCGGAAUCAAAAAAGGUCGCGAAGUGGCGCAACGCCUCAAAACGGGCAGGCUGAAAAGCCCACUGACGUUGAAGGAGGGUACCGCAUGACCGAGGAUCACGCGUUAAAGGCGGCGGAGUAUAACCCGGCACUGGCAAUUUUCCCUGUUGAUUUAACGAAUUUGUCAUACGAGCACUACAUCUCCCUAUAUAACGUCUCGCACCAGUACUGGAUUGAACAACAGGAACCUGAUGUUAAACCCGAAAGCGAGUGA